CCCAUCUAUAUCAGUAGAACUCUUUCCAAGGUAAAGGACAUUGGGCCACGCACACUUUCACCUAUGCCAUCCGGACUGAUGAAAUACAGCUGAUUGUUGUAAUAUUGUGAGAGAUCAGGAGAGAAAAUGAAGCUUAUAAGUGAUGCAGGGAAUAUCCACACGCUGAAAAUAGCGAUCGCUUCGGAAUUGACUGGGACCCAUCUGCAGUAUGAGGAAGUGAAACACGAUGAGAAAGUGGCAGGAGCUCUGACCCAGAAUAAGCUGCCAAUACUGGAGGUAGAUACGGGAUUGACAUUGUUCUCAGCUAAUGCAGCAUGCAGAUAUAUACUGUGCAAGGCUGGUCAAGAUGUGGACAGCCUGAUGGUUGACCAGUGGCUGGAGUGGGAGGCUGCAGAAUUACAGCCUGUACUUUGGCCGUACUUGGUAAGCUCAGUGGGCCAAGGCAAGGUGGAGUCUAAGCAGGUCCAGGCUGUGAAAGGGCUCUUAGCUCAUCUGGAUGAUGCACUGCAUUUAAAGGAACUAAUAGUGAGGGACCAAAUCAGUGCUGCAGACAUUGUCUUAUGGUCUGCACUCUUUCCAGCUUUCUUUGACAUUGCAGCUCUCCAGGAUUGGUCUUCCCAGUACCUGAAUAUCUCCCGGUGGUUCAACAAGUUAUCUCAGCACCCAGCCUUUCAGAAGGGGUUCACCAUGGUCACCAGUGGAAAAGGGGUCUCCGCCUUCAAAGCAUCCCUGCUAGCUCAACCUGUACCACUACCUGCGAUAUGGGACACCAAGAAACUGAAGAUGACGUUGACAGGCUCUGGAGACAAGGAGAAGACAGAGCCUCCAAGUGAGGAGAAGUCAGUAUCUGUCACAGCAGAGGAGACAAAAGCUGCAGUGGCAGCAUGGAAACAAAUGACAACGCCCACUCCAGUGCAAAGAACACAUCCAAUAUUACCUCAGGAAGGCAAACGUAAUAUCCUUAUCACGAGUGCACUGCCGUAUGUGAACAAUGUCCCCCAUCUUGGAAACAUCAUUGGCUGUGUGCUGAGUGCAGAUGUCUAUGCCAGAUUCUGUCGUUUGAGAAACUACAACAUCUUAUAUAUCUCUGGCACUGAUGAAUAUGGAACAGCCACUGAAACUAAGGCUCUGGAGGAAGGGCUAACUCCACAGCAGAUAUGUGACAAAUACAACAAACUUCACUCCGAGAUCUAUGAAUGGUUCAAUAUAGACUUUGAUUAUUUUGGGAGGACAUCCACUACCCAGCAGACAGAAAUUUCUCAGGACAUCUUCUGGAAGCUGUACGAGAAGGGUUUUGUGAUAACUGAUACUGUAGAGCAGCUCCAUUGUGCUAAAUGUGAUAGAUUUUUAGCAGACAGGUUCGUUGAGGGCACGUGCCCAUUGUGUGCGUACGAGGAUGCACGUGGGGACCAGUGUGACAAAUGUGGUAAGCUCAUUAAUGCCACUGAACUCAAGAAUCCAAAGUGUAAAGUAUGCAAGACCACCCCAGAGAUCAAGACAUCAGAGCAUCUGUUUUUAGACUUACCUAAGCUUGAACCAACACUGUCCAGUUAUCUAGACAAGCAGUUUGAGGACGGUAUCUGGACACAGAAUGCCAAAGUAAUUACCAAGUCCUGGAUACGUGAUGGUCUAAAGCCACGCUGUAUCACACGGGACCUCAAAUGGGGAACACCAGUUCCACUGGAAGGUUUCACAGAUAAGGUGUUUUAUGUAUGGUUUGAUGCCCCUAUAGGCUAUAUAUCCAUCAUGGCUAACUACACUGACAAGUGGAAACAAUGGUGGAAAAAUCCACAACAGGUCCAGUUGUAUAAUUUCAUGGCCAAGGACAAUGUCCCCUUCCACAGUGUAAUCUUCCCCUGCACUUUACUAGGUGCUGACGACAACUUCACAAUAGUCAACCAUCUAAGUGCUUGUGAAUACCUGAAUUAUGAAGAUGGCAAAUUUUCUAAGAGUCGUGGUAUUGGUGUAUUUGGCAAUAAUGCCCAGGAGACAGGUGUGCCUGCAGAUAUCUGGAGGUUUUACCUGCUGUUUAUAAGACCAGAGUCACAGGACAGCACUUUCGCUUGGGAGGAUUUUGUUUUGAAGAACAACAGCGAAUUGCUCAAUAAUUUAGGGAAUUUCAUUAACAGAGCUCUGAUGUUUGUAGCCAACUCAUUCGGAGGCCAGGUUCAGGAAAUAACCCUAACAUCUGAAGAUGAAGAAUUACUGGCGUUAAUCACACGGGAUCUCAAAGCCUAUGUGGACUGCUUGGAGAAAAUUAAACUGCGUGAAGGCAUCACCCAUAUCUUAAAUAUCUCCAGACUGGGGAACCAGUACAUGCAGGCCAACAAACCAUGGGAACUAGUCAAGGGAGACGCAGCACAGAAGUCUAGAGCAGGAACAGUUGUCAGUCUGUCAGCCAACAUAGCAUGCCUGCUGUCAGUACUGCUGCAGCCCUAUAUGCCUCAGGUUAGUGCCACCAUACAGAUGCAAGUGAAUGCCCCCAAGGAGUGCAACGUCAUUACGGAGAAAUUUGUGUGCCUCCUCAAACCCGGACACAAGAUUGGAACUCCACAACCUCUGUUCAAAAAGAUGGACCCCAAGGAAGCUGAGGCACACAAGAAAAAGUUUGCAGGGCAAGGAGAUGACUCUAAAAAGGCUACUUCUGGUGGUAAGGGUAAAGGUCCAGCAGCAGCUGUAGCAGCUAAUCCUGCUGAGGCAGAGCGACUGACAGCAGAGGUAGCAAAGCAGGGUGAUGCUGUUCGUCAGUUGAAGGCCAGCAAGGCAGACAAGACCACCAUAGAUGCUGCAGUUGCUGUGUUGCUGGAUUUGAAAAAACAGUUGUCUGCAGCUCAGGGGCAGAAUUCCCAUGGUCAUAGUAAUACUGCUGACCCGGCGGCGGCAGAGAGGCUGACAGCAGAGGUGACAAAACAGGGUGACGUUGUCCGUCAACUGAAGGCCAGCAAGGCAGACAAAUCCUCCAUUGAUGAAGCAGUAGCAGUAUUGCUGGAUUUGAAAAAGCAAUUAGCGCUAGCACAGGGGCAAAACCCAACGGAUGUGCAAGGAAGUGGCAAGAAAAAGGGCAAGAAGAAGUGAAAGAGAGGUGACAGCAGUGGGAACGAGGCAAGGCGAAAUGCAUGGAACUGACAUGACGAGCAAAAGAGUCUGCUGUGCAAAUUGCAGACCGUAGGAAAAAUUUGCGUUUAAAAAUGAUCGAGUUCCAACACGAGGUGGAAGAAAAUUUCGUAUAUUUUAGCGAUAAUUAGUUUCAAGAAUGAAACGACAAAUAAUUUUUUUAUACAUUAAUGUUUAUUCAUUUUGCCUAUGGUGGUGUUUUUGGUGUCUUUUUACCAGCAUUGUUUUUUCCCUUACUUUUGUGCAUAUUCAUCUAUGUACGUCUGUAUAAACAUAAUCCAAAUUAUAAGAACCCACCGAUGGAGACGAUUCUUGAGUCAUGUUCUCUGACGUUUUGCUAGAACUGGAAAACUGUCGAGUUCCUCAUAAAGAUUUUUGAUAAUUCCAAAUGCUGUCUCUUUAACUAAUUUAAAGACAGUUUGAGAAAUAAAUCGCCAAUG